GCUUGUACGCGCUGACUGUAUCCUAGACACUACCAGUCGUCGACCAUGGAUCCUCCACGAGCUUGAUUUUGAGGGAGUUGGCACCUCUGGGCGAAAGACGUCUGUAGAUGAGAAGCAUGGAGUCCCUCAAGGAAGUCACUAUAUAAAGUGUGAGACUGAGCCACCCUUACUCCCAACUCCAUCGCAAGUCUUUAGCAUCUUCCAGAAAGCAUACAUUCGACAUUCCUUCGAGAUGCGUCUAUUCCUUCCUUGCCUCGCUGUUGUUGUCGGUUUCGCCACUGCAGACUUCGUGAUCUACACGUUCGAAGACAGCAACUUUACGGGUGAAGCCUACGUGGGGUGGAAGUUCUUUGAUGGCCCCCCGGACUGCAAUAAUAUCUGUGACUCAUCCAACAUCCCUGGAACGGACGACGCAAGUGAUGGCGGCGUUCGUUGCGAGGGUAAUGACCCAGCAGGUGGAUGCGCUUAUCCGGAUAGUGUGGUGACAGAACUCGAAGUACAUGUAGAGGGCGUUAUGCACUGGACUAUCUAUGAGGACAAAGGGUUCGACAUGGAGGCCGCGGAUGGCAGUGGCUCUAAGGGCGUGUGCACGCCUGAUACCUCGGACGAUUACGAUUGCGCCAGCUGUGGUAGCCGUUCAGUAGGCCGUCGCGUCUUCUCCUGCAAGAGCAAUUUUACGGCGAAGGAUUUCGGCUUGUAGAAGGACUGAGGUAGCUGGGUUAUUGGUAUUUCCGGAUAUGCCUGUG